GAAAUAGUGUCGCCAUUGUGGUGUGUUUGUUCGCAGACAUUGUUGCAGCAGCUCUCAGUGUGUCGAUUACAUCGCCGAAGUCAUAACUCGGAGCGUGUGCGCGGUGACGAUGGCCUCUCUGUCCGCAUCCUCGGUGCUUCUGAAGAUGGAUUCCAAGCUGACGCUGAGCUCUUCCAUGAGUGGGACCAAGCUGGCGCACGCGAACGCCCCAAUUGUGGCACCUGCUGCCUCCGGGCCAUUGAGAGUCGAGGCCAUGAAGAAGAUUCAGGGGAGAGUGGUGUGCGCCUCGAAUGACAAGACCAUCGCCGUGGAGGUGACCCGAAUUGCGCCUCACCCCAAGUACUUGAAGCGUAUCAAAUCGGCAAAGAAGUACCACGCUCACGACCCCGAGAAUGAAUGCAAUGUCGGCGAUAUCGUUACUCUUGUCAAGUGCAAACCUAUUAGCAAGAGCAAGACCUUCGUUGUUGUGGAGCGUAAGGUUGGUCAACGGGCGGGCGAGAAGGUUAGGGCUCUCUCAUUGGAGCCCGAGAUUGCUGCUUAAUGUGGGGUUUUCGAGGGUUUAGCUUUUGGUUUCUAGUGGGUAGGAAAUGUCUGGUUAGACACCAAGGGCGCGAGGAGGGAUAGACUGGUUGUCCUGCAGCCGUUAAAAUCUUAGACCAGGGAAUUCUUCAGUAUUGUAAUCGACUGAUAUCCCGGCGUCCUAUUUGAGUGGAAUCCACAGCAUGUUAGACAAUUUCUUUCACUUGUAUGUGCCCCUUCAUUCGUAGAAAAUGCAAUGCCCAACAGGCGUGUUAUGCACCUCA